AUGGUCAAUUCACCCAUACCAAAAGAUCUCGCAACCGAAUGUAAAAAAGCAGCUAAAAUCUUGAAUAGUUUUAUCGAUCCUAUUGAAGCAAAAGGUCCUGACAAAGUUAUUCCGCAAACUGUAUUGCAAAAUGCAAAAGGUUUUGCGAUCUUUACGGUCAUCAAAGCAGGCUUUUUGGUCUCAGGUAGAGCGGGUUCGGGUUUGGUCAUAUCAAAAUUAGAAGAUGGAUCAUGGAGCGCACCUUCUGCAAUAGGCACAGGAGGUAUGGGAUUUGGAGGUCAAAUAGGUGCCGAAAUGACAGAUUUCGUUAUAGUGUUGAAUAGUAAGGAUGCGGUAAAAACAUUUACGAAGGGUGGUAACGUCACGUUAGGAGGGAAUUUAUCCGUGGCAGCAGGUCCUAUCGGUCGUACGGCUGAAGGUGCUGGAUCUGUAUCACUUGGUCAUGCUGCUGCCAUAUUCUCUUAUAGUAAAUCAAAAGGGUUAUUUGCUGGUGUGUCAAUUGAAGGUAGUAUCGUUGUCGAAAGAAAAGAAGCUAACGAAAAAUUUUAUCAUCGUAAGGUUACUGCAAAAGAAUUACUCUCUGGUCAAAUUUCUCCUCCACAGCAAGCUGAUGUGUUAUAUAGAGCUUUAAAUUUGUCUGUUCCCCGUACCAGCAAAAUUAAUUCUUCGGUUAAUUCAAAUCGAUUUAGUCAUCCUCCUCCUCCUUAUACUUCUGAUAGUGGAGGUAACAGUUCAAAUAACCCUUUUAAUGAAAAAAAUAAAGAAUCUCCAAAAUCAUCAAAUGUUACUCAAAGAGCAACAUCUUUUCAUUCGACUUCUGGUAAACCUCCUUUGGCUCCAAAACCUCCUAUGCCACCCCGCAAAAAUGUCGAAACUGCUGUUGCUGCUUUUGAUUUUCAAGGUGAACAAGAUGAUGAUCUUAGUUUUAAUAAGGGUGAUAUCAUUAUUAUUAAAAGAAAAACCAACAGCACUAAUGAUUGGUGGUUUGGGAAGUGUAAUGGAAAAGAAGGAAAUUUUCCUGCUAAUUAUUUGGAACUUAAGUAG